AUGGGUACGCGCUCCUCGUCCGCGCGCGUCACCACCGCGUCGGCGAGCGCGACAAGACGCGCGUGGGAGAUCUCGAGUAAAGGCUCGCUCAAGAACCUCGAGCUCAACACCGUCCCGUCCGUCGUUUUAAACCCCGACGAGUGCCGCGUGCGCGUGCGGGCGAUCGGGUUGAACUUUGCCGACGUCUUCACCGCGCUGGGGCUGUAUUCGGCGGCGCCAAAGGGGCGGUUCGUCCCGGGGCUGGAAUGCUCGGGCGAAAUCGUCGAGCUCCCGAACGGAUACGCUGGGGACUUUCACGUCGGCGAUAAGGUCAUGUGCGUCGUUCGGUUCGGUGCGUUCGCGGAUGAGGUGGCGGUACCGAUGACGCAGAUGCGUCCACUUCCAAACGGAUGGACCUUUGAAGAGGGCGCGGGAUUUUUGGUACAGGGGUUGACGUCGUAUUACGGCUUGCGAGCGCUCGGCGACGUCAAACGUGGCUCCACGGUGCUCGUGCACAGUGCCGCGGGCGGAUGUGGGUUGAUGUCGUUGGGUAUUUGUGAAGCUGUCGGCGCGGAGCCGAUCGCGGUGAUCGGGAACGCUGGGAAGGAGGAGACGCUGAAGGAGCGUUUUCCGUCGCUCAGAGCCGUAAUCGUGCGAGAUCGCAAACGAUUCAAGCAACAGGUGAAGGAGGCGUGUGACUCCAUCGGCGCGUCUGAAGGUUGUGAUAUCGUGUUCGAUGCAACGCUCGGUGAUUUCUUCCAGGGCGGAUGGGAUAACUUGGCGCGUGGCGGACGUUAUGUGGUUUACGGUGCCGCGGAUUUGACACCACGAGGCGAUUCGAUCGGUGUCGUAGGUUGGGUCAAGCUGGCGUGGAAAUUCUUACGACGUAAGAAAGUGGAUCCGCUCAUGCUUCCGGGUGAGAACAAAGGUAUCUUAGGCUUCAAUUUGAUCUGGCAAUUCGACAAACAAGAAGAGCUCGCGAGACUGUUGGCAGAGCUCAACGCGUUGAAUUUACCGGCGCCGAAAGUCGGAGCGACUUUCAACUUCACCGAUUUACCAGAGGCGAUGCGUUUGUUCCAAACGGGCCAAACCACCGGGAAAGUCGUCGUAACAGUUGAAUAG